AUGCCAGAAACCGAGAAAGCCAGUCGGCGUGAGCAGUCGAAGCAACUCGUCGCAGAGCGCGGUGACAGCCUUGUGAUGGCCACCAGCAGGUUGCGGGGUGAGAAUUUUCUGCAUUUUCUAGCCUCGAGUCAGGAGGAUAACAGAUCGCCUUCAACGAGGCUGGCUGUUCAGAAGCUAGUGGCAAGAAUGCUCUUGCACCCGGGUGGCAUGAACCUGUUGGUGGAACGGGACGGCGAGUCGAAUACGCCCUUACACACAGCCAUUCAAAGAAGCAAUCAUGACUUUCUUUGUGCUGUUUCAGGAGAGCCACGUCUGCCUUUGACCGUCAAGAACGUCCGUCAAACCAUUGAGAAGGGCAAAGCCACCUGGGUCGCUAUUUGGAUGCGAAACACGUUCUUGCAUGACGCCCUGUACAGCAGGAGCCUGCUCGCUGACAACAAAUUACUCCUGGCCAUCAUCUCCCUAGCACCAGAUGACAUGUUGCUUGCUCAAGAUAUCCACGGACGUACGCCCCUUCAUCUGGCGGUCGAAUAUUCAAAGUGCACCCCUGGACGUCUCGAGAUCGUUCGGGAGCUCAUUUCCCGCCGCCGUUCUGUGCUCCAAAAGAAAGACUUCACUGGGCACUCGCCACACCAAUAUCAUGUUCUGUCAAUACAGGCAAGUCAUAGUGGCUCAAAAGCCCUGGAUACGAGGGCUGCCGAACCAGACUUCAAAUUAAUCAAGGACGAAUUGAAGCUCGAGAGUCUGAGAGACAUGUCAUGCGAUGCUGCGUACCGCUGCUUGUAUAUCCCAAAUGAGAAGAACCAAGAGUUGUGGUUUGAUUACAUGCCCGCCCCAUCGACUGACAUGACGUUUGCCCAGUUUGAAAGUCACUGGAACAAACUUUACUUUGAGACGACUUUAAAAUACGUAUCGAUUGCAAACAUCAAGUUCAAGCCGGACAAGGAUGACGACCGAGUUGUCUCAAAGGGCCGCAACGAUGCUACACGUAUCCUGGGCUGGUUACAAAGCAAAUGUGUGAAACGAAUCCUGCAUGUCAUCGUCGACGACAUGAAACCAAACUAUCGCAGCUACGACGCGAUAGGGCGCGCCCUCGCCAGAGCCGACGUGGAGAUCUUGGACUGGCGCCGGCCGGACUUGUGUCCCUCUACCAUCUUCAAGAUCGGCAAGAAUUUGAAGGAAUUGUAUCUAUAUUGGGGUGGUAACAACGCCAUCUUACGUGCUUGGAGCGAGGCUGAAGGACUACCCAUGCUCGCUCGGUAUGGCAAACUCUCAAAGAUUUUCAUCUUCUCGCCAGAGGACAGUCCUGACCUGUCUUCGAACAUAGCGGAGCAACUGAAAGGCUUUGAUGAUCGUCUGAUACGCAACUGGUCGCAAGUGGCAGAGAAAAGAAGGCCACAGUCACAAGAGAGGAGUGCAAUACUGGACGACAGCGCGACUUUGGCAUCCGGAUCACUCCGUCCAGAUUCUGGACCACUCCGCCCAUAUCCAGCAGGCUCUCAGGUAUCGAUGAAACAUGAAGUCGCCGCAGACAGGGAAAUCACUGGCCCCCAAAUAAUCCACCUUGCGGCGAAGACGUCUCUUAAAUCUAAGCCGGCUGACAACGACAGGCCAGCGGCCGAGAUGGAUCAACAUCGCUGGAUGCAGGGCAUGGAGAACUUCAUGACUGCCUUUCUAAGGUCCGAGAACGCCCAGCGAGAGGCGCAGAGAACAACUUCAAGUCGAUCCGAGUUGCCUUGA